GGUGAAAUGCCAAUCAAAUCCGUAUAGCCACAUCCCCUUGACCAGGCUCGGUUGAGGAGUGCGGUUGGAGCGCUAGAGGGUCGCGGCCGGGGAUGAUCUGACAGAUGAAAUAGCGAAAAGAAAGAGAAGGCGGGCGUCCUCCCACACAAAAUCAUGUUCCCCAAAGGCAAAGGAACCCCCGUGCCGUCAGACGGCCAAGCAAGAGAAAAGUUGGCCCUAUACGUCUAUGAAUAUUUGUUACACAUAGGAGCACAGAAGUCUGCACAGACCUUUUUGUCUGAGAUACGAUGGGAGAAGAACAUAACUCUUGGAGAACCUCCGGGAUUCCUACAUUCCUGGUGGUGUGUGUUCUGGGACCUUUAUUGUGCCGCUCCAGAGAGACGAGAGACAUGCGACCACUCCAGUGAAGCGAAGGCCUUCCACGACUACAGUGCGGCCGCGGCCCCCAGUCCUGUCAUGGGAGGGAUGCCCCCCGGUGAGGGCAUGCCAGGAGGGCCCAUGCCACCGGGCUUCUUCCAGGGUCCGCCAGGUCCCCAAGGCUCCCCUCACCCCCAGGCUCCUCCCCCUAACAGUAUGAUGGGACCCCACAACCAGUCCUUCAUGUCACCUCGCUUCGCUGGCGGCCCCAGAGGGCCUCCCAUCAGGAUGGGGAAUCAGCCACCUGGUGGAGGCCCAGGUCCCCACCCCAUGUUGGCUAACAUGGACCCCACAAGACCACAAGGCCAUCCCAACUUGGGGCCAAUGCAGAGAAUGAGUGGGCCCCGAGGCAUGGGACCCAUGGGGCCCGGCCCUCAGAACUUUGGGGGUGGGAUGAGGCCCCCACACAACGCCAUGGGCCCCGGGAUGCCAGGAGUGAACAUGGGCCCCGGUACCGGUCGGCCAUGGCCCAAUCCCAACAAUGCCAAUUCUAUGCCUUACUCAUCUCCCUCUCCCGGUGCAUAUGGGGGGGCGUCUGGAGGUGGGGGUCCCCCAGGAACUCCCAUCAUGCCAAGCCCUGCAGACUCCAACAACUCGGGCGACAACUUGUACACCAUGAUCAACACUGGACCAGGCAACAGGAAUAACUUCCCCAUGGGCCCCGGAUCUGAUGGGCCCCUGGGGGCCAUGGCCGGCAUGGAACCACACCACAUGAACGGAUCACUAGGCUCUGGUGACAUGGAUGGAUUGAACAAGAAUUCCCCAAACAAUUUAAGUGGCAUGAGCAAUCCCCCUGGAACUCCGAGGGAUGACGGGGAGCUGAGUGGAAACUUCCUCCACUCUUUUCAGAGUGAGAACUACUCCCCAACCAUGACGAUGAGUGUGUGACCCCGCCCCUCCUGACGAUUAAUUUGCCAUCAUUCCAAGGAUCUGGACUCAUAAUAGGACAAGGCCAAAAACAUCAGCAGCGAAUCAGGGACAGGCGCCAUUUUGGUUCCAAACAAACACCAGAAUGCUGAUCGGCAGAAAUGCAAUGGCUGGUGACUACUGCUCCUUGCUAACAAAAAAAAAUGAAGGACAAUUUUCUCCAUUCAUCACAACCCCAAGGUUGACAAAACCAGCUACUGAAAUGCAUAUAUGACACGUUUUAGGUUCUUUGCAAGCCCCCCCCCCCCCCCAACUCCCCCAAAGCAAAGGGAAAGAAAAGGGUUGAAGGUGGAAGUUUACCUCCUUGUGCAUUUUAAUUAUUGCUUUGUGGUGCAGGGUGUGUGAAAGAAAUGUUUCUGCUUUCUGUCCUUGAAUAACACUGGAGAGUGUGUGUAUAUGUAUUGUGGGCGAGGGGAUAAUAAGACGAUCUUACCCACAGCUACACUCACUGCACCACGCAACCGUCAAGUGGACAUACGUUUUCAGAUUUACCCUGUUAAUGUCCACCUUUAAGCAACAAAAUAACAUGAUUAUUACAAGUAUUUCUUCCUCCCUAUGGCCACCUCACUAUUUUGCCCUAUUUUAUAGAGUGGAGAUGCUAUAAAAUGCUUUUAUUGUGACAGCAUUUCAAGUUUGUAACUGCCCCGAUUGGGUUAUAAAACUUCAAAUCAUCAAAUUGAGCCCAGUUUCUUUGAAUCAGUUCACUUUGCUUUCUGAGAGCAAUGCCAUAACCCCGCCCCCUGUCCCUCAUCUCUUUGCUGCCACCAUCCGUUUCUAAAGAGGGUGGGGGGAAACCAAACUAGCCCAUUGAGUUCUGUCCUAGGGCGGGGGGGGGGGGGGGGGCGCGAUCUGAAACCGGAGCGCCAGAAAGUGCGUGCAUGAAUGCUGAGAAUCUGUACAACAUACUACCUAGUGCUGCUCUGCUCUGUGUGGACACCUGCUUUAAGACGUGUAUAUCCUCCUUGAUCUGCUUGUGCUUCACACUCUGUGCUCCGUGUUGUAGCCUUUGUGUUUAUACCCCAAUCCGGUUGAAUUGGUUGUUCUUUCUUUUUGUUUUUAUAUGAUGAUGACAUGGCUAUGAAUAAGUUGCCCAUUGUAAUCGCCCAUGCGUAUAGGUCAUUUGUAUUUUCUCCCCUGUAUCAUUGGUUGCACCCCUCCCCUCCUCCUGUCCCUUUUUUUUAUUUUAUAUUUUGAUACAAACUUUGACUACGUAUAUUGCCCCAGUUAUUCAGAAUUAGUUCCGGCUUUCUAAACUGAUUUGAGUAGGCAUUAUUAUAAACUUAGAAGCAGUCUUGUUAAUGUGGUGAGAAAUUUGUUUUUGACUUUUUGUUUUUCGUUUCUUGUGAGCAUUGAGCAUUAUACACUCUGUCCUAUGUUGCCUUUAUUUGCGGAUAUUUUUUUAUUUCAAAUUGAGGAAAGAUUGCUUGUUAAUAUAAUUUUACAGUAACUUAUUUACUUGCCAUGAGUUUUUUUUUUCUUUUUUACAAUUUGGUCUAGCUUCAAGAUGACCCAAGGCUAGAUUUAAAUAAAGAACUUAAAAUAAAACUAUUGUUAAACUGUUGGAAACGAUUUGGCGUGAUGAGCUUUUGCUGUAAAUGGAUUUCUCAUAACAGCGUGUUCAAAAUAACGAGGGAAUCGGGUACCUUUUACAUUGUGUGCUUUUCAAAGUGCUCAUUUUCUGUGACACAUAGCCAUUCAUUACAAUAAGGGAGCUUCUAGCCAGAUCCCACACAAUUUGAACCAGUCCAUGUUGUUUUGGAGGCCGCCUACCUUCUGGCACUUGUUUUCCUAUGUGCUUAAGCAUCACUUCCUGUACGGCCCAUGGUUUCCUGUCACUGAAUGCUCCAUACCAAAGUAGUUCUAGCAGUGCAAGCCUGGGUCCAGGCCCAUGGACUCAGCCCAUAAAUGCCUUCUCAUCAGAGGGAAAAUCACUAGCCGGAUUAAACUGAGUGAUAGUGAGGCUCUUGGAGCCAGUUGAUGCCAUGCACACCACACUGCAAUUACGUUUGUGGAUCUUAAUUGAAGAGUUUUCCCUUUUCAGUCAAACCGAUAUCCAUGCUUGAAUAUAUAUAGUGGCACAUCAUGUCAAUUCCAUGAUGGUGAAAGUCAUUGAAAAGUAUUGAUUAUUUUUCAGAGAUGAAGCGCUUUCAAAUUUUUGACCCGUUUGUUUCUAGGGCAAAAGAGGCCAAAACAUGAUCAAUUUCGAUCUGAAGGCAGUUAUACUGCAAGGCACACGGUUGCAUUUUAACCACACAAAAAUAAAUCAUUACGCAACACGGCUUGUAUUCUCAUCGCCCUCUAGUGGUCGAUGGAGGACCGAGCAUACACAUGCAUGCAUUGCAACAACAUAAGAGCAUAAAAAUUUGGUGAAAGAUUUGUUAUCGGCUUAAGACAUGACUUGACAAUAUAUCCUAAUCAAUAUACCUGUUCACAGCGAUUAGCAAGAGCUUGGUAUCUUGCCAAACAUUAAGAAUUACAAAGGCAGGCCGGUCGGCUCAUAUGGGAAUAUUGGCUGAUUGGUAUAGGAUGUGGGCUGGCUGAAUGCAAGCCAAACCAGCCCUUCAAGUUUAGAGGCACUUAGUGGAUGUUAUGAACGUCCUGUAGCCACAUCAGGCUGCUCCUUUUAUUAUUUCAUAGAAACUCCAAACUGAUUGUGAACCAGCAGGUCCACCCCGUCCUUUAUUAGGGCGUGCAAACAAACACACAUCCAGACAUUAACAUUUAUUUGCUCGGACGUCAAGCAGACUUUUGCUGAUUAAUGUUUAACAAGGUAUAUUUGAUAUUUGAUUAAGUGUUUGAGUAGGUCAUGACUUAAUCUGUGAACAUGCAUAGGAUUGAGCUGUAGCCAAAGUCUUAAGGCUCCACUUCACUUUCAAGGCAAGACAAAUUUCAAAAGCCAUCAAAUCACAGUCACCAGAGGUUUACACUAUAACCGUCAUAAAGAAAGCUGUCUUACUUAAAAGCAUGGAAUGAAUAGCCUACUUGGAGACAUAACAGAAAACUAUUACAAAGUGGUAAAUUACAGGUCAUCAUUAGAGUUGGGGUGCAAAGUGAGUACUUAACAAACCUGAGCCAAAGCCAGAGAUCAGGCAGAAAGUCAGGCGGAUAUAAA